UUUCUUGUGGAGUUUGAGGGAGGAGAACCUGUUAAGAGGAGAGUGUUGAUCUGGGAGAUCUGCAGCCACAAGGAGGAUGAGGGCGCUUCGAGCUCUCUGUCCAUGUGUGUGUCCCCCGUCCAGAGCCUCCAGUCCUGAGGACAGAGACAGGGUGACGGGGACUGUCCCUGAGGCUGUCGACACCUUUGUGGCCAUUGGGACAUCUGGGCUGAAACAGCUGCAAGACCAUGAGGGCAACCGGGUGGACACAUACCGGGAGCUGGAGCAUGCCUUGCAGGGAGAGGAUGGCUGCUUGCCCGGUGGUGUUGUGAACCGCCUCAUAGCAGAGGCCUCGGGUGACCUGCGAGCAGCCCAGGGUGUGAUGGAUGAUGUGAAGAUGGCCGCCAGUGACUUCUUGGUGGCUCUGGCCCGCACCCACUUUUACUUCGUCAUGGCUGAGCUGCAGAGCCACCUGAAGGUGGUGGGGAAGGUCCCUGAUGAGGCUGUGCUCGUCACCUUGGGCAAGAUGGCUGGCAGCUAUGGUACGGCACAUGCAGCCUCCUGGUUUUGGCAGGGGUCUGUGAUAACAGGUGGAAGGGAUCCCCCCUCCCUAAAUGCCCUGUCUUGAGCUGGGGGGGACUCUGGAGUUUCCGUGCCUCCUCGCUUGGUGCCAGGACCGGCCAGCAGCUCUGCCUCACCAGCCCAGUCCUGGUGCUCGGACAGUAGGAACCCACUGGAGACAAACCCGCAGGGUCUCUGUCCCCCACUGUCCCCCCUAUUGCCCCACAGGGCUUCCCCGUGUGCCCCUCGGGAAGGCCACCCUCCCCACGCCCUCUGGUGUGUCCUACACGGCCCAGCAGCUGCA